AUGUGGUAUAAUGCAAGUUUAUCCCCCUUUCUUCUGACCGGAUUUCCAGGCCUAGAGGCAGUUCAUCACUGGAUUUCUAUUCCCUUCUUUGUUGUAUACUUCUCGGUGAUUCUUGGCAAUGGUACCCUCCUCUUUCUCAUCAAGGAUGACCACAGUCUCCAUGAACCCAUGUAUUACUUCCUGGCCAUGCUGGCAGCCACAGACCUUUUAGUGACCCUAACCACAAUGCCCACAGUGCUGGGGGUCCUGUGGCUGAAUUACAGGGAGAUUCACCUUGAAGUCUGCUUCUCCCAGGCCUACUUCAUCCAUUCCCUCUCUAUAGUGGAGUCAGGGGUCUUGCUUGCCAUGGCCUAUGACCGUUUCAUUGCCAUCUGCAACCCACUAAGAUAUAGAUCUAUCCUCACCAACUCCAGAGUGGCAAAAAUUGGCGUUGGGGCAUUGCUGAGGGGCUUCAUAUUAGUAGCACCUCCAAUUGUCCCACUACACUGGUUCCCUUACUGCCAUUCCCAUGUUCUCUCCCAUGCCUUCUGCCUCCAUCAGGAUGUCAUCAAGCUGGCCUGUGCAGACAUCACUUUCAAUCGCAUCUAUCCUAUGGUUCUGGUUUCAUUUACCUUCUUCCUGGACUCCCUAAUAAUUCUUUUCUCUUAUAUACUGAUUCUGAAAACCGUUAUGAGCAUUGCCUCUGGAGAGGAACGGACCAAGGCCCUAAAUACCUGUAUCUCCCACAUUUGUUGUGUCUUAGUUUUCUAUGUCACAGUGAUUGGUUUGUCUCUGAUUCAUCGAUUUGGGAAACAUGCCCCACACGUGGUCCACAUCACUAUGAGCUAUGUCUAUUUCCUUUUCCCCCCAUUUAUGAAUCCGAUUAUCUAUAGUGUUAAGACUAAACAGAUUAGGAAUGGUAUCCUCCGCAGGUUCUGUCUGCCCAGAUUAAGGCCUUAG